AUGAAUGAUCUUGAAGAUGAGUUGAUAUCAUUUUCUGUCCUUAUUACGAAUAAAACUACAUCAAGUUUUCAAGGAGAUUUCACCUUGAAAAACCUCAAGAAUAUUUGUUGAUUUUUCUUCCUUCUAACAAAAGACAUAACUGAAUAUUUUCAUGUUUACCAUAGUAUUGCAAAUAUCGCAAUAAAUAUUCAUUAUAGACAACAAAAUUUUAAAUAUUGGCAUUAUCAGAAAACUUUCUAUAUAAAUAUGUACAUUACUCGAGUAGUUGUUCUACUCGAAAGUAAAAUACAUUGCUUUUUCUUUGAAAAAUAAGAGAUAGGUACACAUAAUAUUUUUUAAAUUUCAACCGGCAUAUUUCCGGUAUUUACUGGCACGCUUUCAGCGCUGAUACGCUGUGAAAAAAAAAUAAAUAAUCAUUAAAAAUUCUAAAUGAUUAAUUUUAUUUUAAGUUAUUAAGACAUCCUAAUGAACUGGUGUUUUUGUUUUUUUUAUUCUUUAAAAAGAAUCGUGCUAUAAAUAAAUAAUUUUUGUAUGUCAAUGAAUUAUACAUACGAAUUGAAUAUAUAUACUCUACACUCUACGAAGAAGAUCACUUAUUUCUUUUUCUAUCAUUCUUCUUCUUUUUAAUAUUAUAUAACCAAUAAAAUAAUAAUAAUUAGACGAGUUGAUAUCAUUAACAUUUCUUUUCUAAAUGUCUUUGUUUCACAUAUAAAGAUAAAGGGUCAAUCGAAUUGACUUAAUUCAAGAUGAAUUAAUCAAUAUAAUUAUCGUUGUUACAUAGAAACACCAAUAUUAAAUUAAUGUGCUUGAUCCAUAAAUCGAUAAUCAAUUUCAUUUUUCAUAUUAUUUCAUCGUCUAUAUUGUUCAUAAACUGCCUAUGGUAAAGUAUAUAAUAAUAUCCUGUCUAUCACUUGCUCUAUCAUUUGAUAUAUUCUUUAUACAUAACAAACUGAAUUACCGAACGACUAUAUUACCAUCUUUUAUUCUUGUCAAUUAAACAAAUGGAUACAUGUACACAUUUAGAAGAUUUAUCAAAUGAAAUUUUCAUCGAAAUAUUUGAUUAUUUACAUGCACUUGGGAUAUUUACUAGUUUUUAUUCAUUAAAUAAACGAAUUUUGUCUCUUCUACAAUCAAUUCCACUUCAUAUUGUCAUCUGAAAUAGUGAUUAUGAUCGAGAAAUUGAUUUUCUUUCUCAUCAUCUUAUUUUUCAUGCUCAUCAAGUCAUAUUACUAAAAUGUUAUGAUACAAUUCGUAAUCGUUCAUCUAUUAUUAGUCUACUAUUUAAUCAACAACAUUUUGUUAAUCUUCAUUCAUGUAUAUUUAUAUUGGAUAAUAUAUCAUCUGAACUUGAAAAUCUUAUUAAACAAAUUGAAAGUUUAAAUAGACUUUUUUCAUUUUUUAUUAUUCAAUCAGAUUUUAACAAAAAUUAAUGAGAAAGACAAAUAUGAUAUAACUCGAACUAUAUUGAUGAAUAAAUCAUUUUCUCUUUGUUCAGUUAAGCUUCAUUAUGAUUAUUAUUACUUGGAUAUAUCAACUUAUACUUCAAUUGCUUCGAAUCUUAUAUCAUUUGAAUUGUUAAUAUCUGGUUCACCAAAUAAAGUAUAAAUUUAUUCAAUUUUGACAAUUCUUCGUGUUUGUCAUAGAAUACAAUAUCUACAUGCCAUAAUAAAACAUGAAAUUCUAUCUCAAAAUAAUAAUGUAAAUAUUUCAAUUCAAGAACCAUUUAUUAAUGAAAAUAAUCUUCCUAUAUCACCACAAUCGAUAUCUUUGGACUUAUCAAUUUUUGCUAUAUUUGAUAUUCGUUCAAUCACUUAUAUCUUACGUUGUAUGCCUAAUCUUAUUCGUUUUAAGUUUCUUCAUGGAACACGAACAAUAGCUCAGUCAUUUGCUCAUGAUUUGAUCAAUGAAUUUAUUGAUAAUCAAUCUCUUUUUUCAAUUUUUAAACAAAUUAAAAUACUUAAAUCAAUAACAGAAAAUUGUUAUGUACCUUCAGAUUUUUCAUUAAAAUUUGUUCAACGUUUUCCAUCACUUACUGAUAUUGAACUUCAAGUAUAUUCAUUCGAUGAUUGUAUAUAUGCUAUUGAUAUAUUACUUAGUCAUCUAAAAAAUUUGUCUUAUCUUAAAAUUUAUUAUAUUGAAGUUUCAUUACUCGAUCAUUCUUUUUCACUUAAUUAUAUUAUUAAUAAACGUCGUCAAGCAUUUGGUUUUAAUAUUAUUGAUGAACAUAAGAUUACAAUUAACAGGAAUAAAGAAUCUGUAGAAAUUAGAUUAUCAUAA